CCUCCCGAAGUGGAGACGUGAGACAGCCAGUCGAGAGGCGCGUAUCAGUUCGACACUCAGUCUCACUUGAGUCGUCACUGACUGAGGAAGUUGCUCCGUGUGAAUCUCCCGAUUCUCAGCAUUUGGACUUGCAUCCAAAAAAUCCCACUUUUUCCACAAAAAUUCCCCAGUGUCUGUGCGUGGUGUUUGUGUAUGUGGAAUUUGGCGGUGAAAAACUGAUAUUGAGUGAGGUCAAUUUGGGAAAAAAGCGUGCUGGCAAGAGUGCUGGAGAGAUGAGUGAGUAUAAAAUAAUAAUCCCGCAUGAUUGUGAAGGAUUUCUAUUGUGUAGCCGAUGCGAUUGUGUAGAUCUCGCUCCAAAGUGUGGCCUUUGCAACUCUGAACUGGUGCUCUCUUGCUCCGCCGCAACUCCGGAGGAUCGCGCGCCGUGGUGGUUGGAUUUUCUGGAUUGAGCCAAAGUCAACGAGAUAGAUUGGAGCUGAUCGCCAGAGAGAGGGAUUUCUGAGGAUCAGUGACAAUGGGGAUGCAAGUCAGGGAGACACUGGCCAUUGAUCAUGCGCCCACCUUCACAAACCGGAGUGGCAUUCACAUUUCGAAGAUCACUCUCGGGUUCAUCGUGGGAAUCUUUGUGUGUGGCAUUGUUGGAUCUGGAUUCUUGGUGUAUCACUUCAUCUCCUGCCCGAAAGAGCCAAAGUGCAGUGUUGGGGAUAUCAGUACCACGACAUCGGGUCCAAGUGUGGGAAUUCCUGUGCCCAAACUGACAGCAGCUGACUUUCUACUACCCACGGCUCUGAAACCACACCACUAUGAGCUCAAGAUACAGCCCUUCUUUGCGGAGAAGGAUUUCAUGUUCGAUGGCGAGGUUGUAGUGACGUUGGAAGCUCUCGAGGAUUGCAAAAAUAUCACACUACACUCAUUGGCACUGAAAGUGCCGGAAAAGGAGAUUCGGAUUGUUGAGAACGGCACAGAGAGGGAGAUUGGCGUGUCGGGAACGUCUAUGGUGGAGACUCAGCAAUUCUUCGUGGUGAAGAGUAAUGAGGUGCUGAAGAAGGGCCAAUUCUACCGUGUACUGCUCAAGUUUCACGGCAUCCUCAAUGAAUACAUGCAGGGCUUCUAUAGGAGCUCUUAUCGAGUGGGAAAUGACACUCGAUGGCUGGCCGCCACGCAAUUCCAGCCAACUGAUGCUCGCAGAACCUUUCCCUGCAUGGAUCAACCGGACUUAAAGGCGCGCUUCACCAUAUCCAUCGCUAGACCGAAGAGCAUGAUUUCACUGUCGAACAUGAAGAGAGUGCGAGAAGCAAGUGUAGACAACAAUCCGGACUACCUGUGGGAUGUUUAUGAGGAAUCUGUGCCAAUGUCAACGUACCUUGUGGCAUUUGUCGUGUGCGAUUUCGCCAAGCAGACAGACGAAACAGGCAUGGUGAGCGUAUGGGCGAGACAGGAUGCCAUCAAGUCCACGGAUUACGCUCUCAACGUUGGGCCCAGGCUACUCAAGUAUCUCGAGCGGUUCUUCAAUCUGUCCUAUCCACUGGAGAAGAUGGACAUGAUUGCACUGCCCGAUUUCAGUGCAGGUGCCAUGGAAAAUUUCGGCCUUAUCACCUACAGAGAGACUUCAAUGCUGUACGAAGAGGGAAUAUCGGCGAUCAACAACAAACACCGCGUGGCCACGGUGAUUUCGCACGAAUUGGUCCAUCAGUGGUUCGGAAAUCUGGUCACGUUAAAGUGGUGGAACGAUUUGUGGCUGAAUGAGGGAUUUGCUAGCUACAUGGAGUACCUGGGCGUGGACGCCGUGGAGCCCUCAUGGAUGUCAAUGGAUCUGUUUGUGGUGCUGGAGCUGCAAAAUGUUUUCGCUCUGGACGCACUGUCGUCAUCCCAUCCCAUAUCAGUUGAUGUGGCUAAUCCGGAUGAGAUAAAUGACAUCUUCGAUCGCAUUUCGUACAGUAAAGGUGCGACAAUAAUUCGCAUGAUGGACAACUUUCUCACUUCCGAGCUGUUCCGCCGUGGCCUAAACACAUAUCUGAAGACAUUGAUGUUUGACUCCGCCACUCAGGAUGACCUGUGGGGAUUUCUCACGGAUGCCGCACGCAAUGGGGGUGUGUUCGACAAUGACACCAGUGUAAAGGUGAUUAUGGACACGUGGACUCUCCAAACGGGCUUUCCACUGGUAACAGUGACGCGAAAUUACGAUGAUGGCACUGUGGAGUUGCAGCAGCAGCGCUUCUUCCUCAUCAAUCAGACAUCAGAGGAGAAAGAAGAUCCUCUAUGGUGGAUCCCUGUCACCUACACCACAAGCAAAGAGCUCAAUUUCAGCAACACAUCCCCAUCGCACUGGAUGAGGGGUGAGCGAAGUGUUCAGCUGCACGAUGUGGUGAUUGACAAGAGUGACUGGUUGAUUGUGAAUCUCCAGCAGAGUGGCUACUAUAGAGUAAAUUAUGACGAUGAGAAUUGGCGGGCAAUAGUGAGUGAUUUAAAUGAUCCGGUGAAAUUCCGCAAGAUUGCACCGGCAAAUCGCGCGCAACUAAUCGACGAUGCGCUGAAUUUGGCGCGCGGUGGGUAUCUCAGCUACGUGACUGCCCUCGAGGUGACUCGCUACCUCCAGCAAGAGACUGACUAUGUGCCAUGGAAGACGGCGAUAAAUGGUCUCAACUUCCUCGAUUCGAUGCUGCAGAAGACGGGGCAGUUUGACCUCUUCCGUCGCUACUGUCUCUCGCUGCUCGAGAAGGUGUACCAUCAGGUGGGCUUCGUGGAUGCCGGCAACAGUUCAAUGCUGACGGUGUACAAGCGCGUGGAAAUUCUCACGCUCGCUUGCCAACUUGGCUACAGUGAUUGCGUGGACAGGAGUGUUGAGCAGUUCAACAUGUGGAUUCAUCAGCCGAAUCCAGAUCUGCACAACACAAUAUCACCCAAUCUCAAGAGUCUCAUCUACUGCACGGCCAUCAAGUACGGAGAGCAGCGCAUGUGGGACUUUGCGUGGGAGCGCUUCAUGAAUACCCAAGUGGCCAGUGAGAAGGAGAUCCUCUUGUCGGCGCUCGGAUGCAGCCGGGAACCGUGGAUUCUCAUACGCUACCUCGAUCGCUCGCUCACUGACGCCUACGGGAUUCGGAAGCAGGAUGUGUUUAGGGUGUUCGGGGCGGUGGCGUCCAAUGGCAUUGGGCACACAAUCGUCUUCAACUACUUGCGCAGCAACUGGGAUCAAAUUCGAGUGUACUUGGGCUCCUUGACAAACUUGAAUAUGAUUAUUAAGUAUUCCAUAAGACGCCUCAAUACACCUUUCGAACUCGAGGAAUUGAAGCGAUUCGCUGACGUACACCUUAAAGAUUCUGGUCGAACGGUAAAGCAGAGUAUUGAGAAGGCGGAAGCUAAUAUUUCCUGGAUGAAGAGGAACUACAAGGUCAUCACAACGUGGUUGGAAAAAGUGACAAAAGUGGUUUAGCCAGUGUGCUACGGAAUUGAAGCGCCUCCAAAGACUGUGCCCUCAUGUCUCGUACUUAAGAAUGUAUUUCUCGUGCCACGAGUGAACAAUUCAGUGUAUAAAUUUUGUUGUCUUGAGAAGAUUCAAUAAAUAUUUCACAUGAUGGAAUGAA